AUGUUUUCAAAGGCUGCAAUCGUUUCUCAAGGUCCAAGGAAAUUUGUUAACGUUUUAUUUAAGUUUUUCUGCCGCUUCGACACUGUUUCUUUCUUUGACUUGUGUCUCAUCUUACGGCCUUCUUCCUUUUCUUCCAUUUCUCUCUUCUUUACCAUUUCGUGUGUCUUCUUCCUCGCCAUUUUGUCAUUUCUUUAUCUUCUUCCUUCUUUCAUGUCUUCCACAUAUUUCUCUCUUCUUUUCUACUUUCUUUUCACUUUUCUCUCUUUACUAUUUUAUCUUGUUUUUAACUACUUAUCUUUCACUCUCUUCCUUUUCUCCGUUCUCCUUGCUUCCUCUCUCACUUCUUCCUUUCCAUCCCUGUCUUCUUCUUCUUCUUCUUCUUCUUCUUCUUCUUCUUUGCGUCUCUUCUCUUUCAUAUUUUUUUUCCAUCUCUUCAUCCGUUUAUUUUCCUCACUCCUUUUCAUUCUCCCUCUUUCUAUGUUCCUUUGUAUAUUUCUAUCUUUUCUACUGUUUUUUUUUUCUUUCUAUUAA